GUAAGGUUGGUGCAGGAGAUUGGCAGACGCUCCCUCAGUGAAGGUCUGCUGCUUGUCCUCUGCAGUAACCGGCAGCGCAUGAUGUGUUGGGAAAGCUUGCUGUGCGCCCUGCGCUGUGCCGUCUGCCGCACCCUCUCCUUCUUCUAUACGGGUCAUUAUCUCCAUUAUCAGACCAGUACCAUACCUCGUGCUUUUGCUAUGAAUACAACUUCUGGAACUCUCUGUGAAGAUCAAACCCAGACUACCUCAAUGCUGCCUCCAAAUGUGAAGAGAUACUCCAACUUUGUAUCGCUGUACAUCAAUCCCUCGCACUCUGUAAGCUGUCUGUCCUCCCGUCCACUUUUACUCUUCCUUCCCUGGCUAGGCUCAAAGUCUCGAUCCCAUGAAAAGUAUAUUCAGCUGUACUUUAAAUUGGGGUUUGAUGUGCUAGUGGCAGAGAGCUCAUUGUUACACUUUCUGUGGCCCAAAACAGGGCUGGAGUAUGCAGGACAGUUGGUAGAUCUACUGAUUGGAGAAAAGGAUCUUUGCUCUCGCAGACUUUAUCUCCAUGCAAUAUCCAUUGGAGGCUAUUUGUUUGCACAGAUGUUGGUGUGUUCAUCCAAGGAACAGCGGACUAUGCUGGAGAGGAUAUAUGGCCAGGUAUUCGACAGCCUUGUGAUCGGCAGUAUGGAAAAGAUGGCGACAGGUGUAGCUCGCAUGAUCACCUUCCCUCUUCUGGAGCCACUGGUGAUACGUGGAACACUACUUUACUUCUCUCUCCUAAAAGCCCAAACUGCAGACUACUAUGAAAGGGGAAUUCAAACCUUUUGGGACAAGCCAAUACACUGCCCAGCACUCUUCUUCUACUGCAUGAAUGACCCAAUGAGUGAUCAUGCAACGGUGGAAAAGGUCAUGCAGGACUGGGAGAAACAUGGGCUCAAAGUGCAGGGCAAGAAAUGGGAGGAUUCUGUGCACGCAGGACAUCUACGUAGACACACUCAGGAGUACACCAACACACUGACCAGUUUCCUCCAUAGUCUGCUGACCAAUGUCCCUAAAAGCAGACUCUAGAAGGACUAAACAGUCCCACCACAUUGGUAACUUUAUGAAAAGAGCUGGAAAGCUGUAUAUGAUUAAACUGGAAGCAUACUAUGCAGUGCUUUACAUAAACUUUUUAUAUAUCUUUAAGUAAAACCAUUUUGUCCUACAGAUGGAGCCUUGCUCAUCUAGCCUUCUCUGUUGCAACAAGGUUUAUUAGCAUAAGCCUUUCAUCUAUUGGUCUCAGCUGCAAUACAAUACAGAGAGAACAAUACAGCAGGGGAUUAACUCCGACAGCACUGGCUCAAUUAAUCCUAUUAAAGGGAUAGAGGAGCAGGGCUCCAUCUGUAUAUCAGCGCUCAUCUCCCUUUGUAUUGUUUCAGGAAUGUUUUACUCAUUAUAUCAGUGCCUUCCUCAGUGGAACUCUGGAAGAUAUGCACUAGAAUGUCCUUGGACUGUAGGAGGACAUUAGAGCAUCCUGAAGAAACCCACAUGAACCCAUAGAGCAGAGAUUUUAAAAAACGAUCCUCAAGGUACCCAAACGGUCCAGGUUUUAGGUAUAUUCAUGGCUCAGCACAGAAGGUUAAAUCAAAUUGACUGAGGUGCUAAUUUAGUCACCAGUGGCCAAGCAUGGAUGAGCUUAAAACCUGGACUCUUGGGGUGCCUUGAGGACCAUGCUCUAGAACCUCUGCCAUAGAGAAAAAAUGUUCCAAUAUGCUUCUGCUGUACCUUGGACCUUUUUAUAGAUUACUGCCUAAAGUGGGGAUGCAUACUGCUUUAUUGCAUUGAAUGAUCCAUAUGCUUGAGUACUCUAUAUUUCCUGCUAACUUGAUUUUAUAAAUUACUACAUUUAAAAUCUGAAAUACAUUCAAAUUAUUUUAGUUAAUAGCUUGAUCACUAUUUUAACAAAAAUAUUUUUUUACACUCCAGCUGUAAAUAAAGAGUGACUCUGUGGAUACUAAACUAUAAAAUGCCAACAUACUAUUCAACUAUU